AACGAAACCAAUAAAGAGGGAAGGAAAUCCCAAAUUUGUUAGGAAGCAACCCACCUCUCCUUUCCCCCCCUCCCCCAUCUCCACCAUCACCACCAAUCCACCAUUAUUUAAAGAGCACACUCUACUUCCCUCAUUCUCUCUUCUUUUCAUUCUCUCUCUACAUUUUAGUUUUUUUUGUGAUCGGUAGUUCAACACAUUCACACUUUCUUGGAGUCUUCUUCGUCUUCCUUUUUCCCUCAUUAAAUUUCGAACAAUUUCCUAAUUCCUUGGUCUAUCUUUCUCUUCAAUUUCUGUUAUUUUCAUUCCAAUUAUUGAAUACCCAUCUGGGAAUUUCGCUCAUUGUUCAUCUGAAUUUUAAUCAUGGGUGAUGCUAAUGGAAAUGUGGUUGAAGCCGUAGAUGGAUCCAUCUCUCUGGCUUCUGCAUUUUCUGGUCAUCAACAAGCUGUACAGGAUAGAGAUCACAAAUUCUUGGCAAAAGCAGUCGAGGAAGCUUACAAGGGGGUUGAUUGCGGACAUGGGGGUCCUUUUGGUGCUGUUGUUGUUUGUAAUGAAGAAGUAGUCGUUAGCUGCCACAACAUGGUGUUGGAGUAUACAGACCCAACUGCACACGCAGAGGUCACGGCUGUAAGAGAGGCGUGUAAAAAGCUGAAUCGAAUUGAACUGUCGGAUUGUGAAAUAUUUGCAUCUUGUGAACCAUGUCCAAUGUGCUUUGGCGCUAUACACCUUUCAAGAAUCAAGAGGUUGGUGUAUGGGGCUAAAGCCGAAGCUGCCAUAGCAAUUGGUUUCGAUGAUUUCAUUGCUGAUGCAUUGAGAGGCACUGGAGUUUAUCAAAAGGCCAACUUAGAGAUCAAACAAGCUGACGGGAAUGGAGCUGCUCUUGCGGAGCAAGUAUUUGAGAACACCAAGGCCAAGUUUUCCAUGUAUUGAAUUUUCCCAUUUCUGCUCCUUAAACAAUAAAGACAGCAUUCAGUACAACUUUUGGUUUAUGUACAAAUUAAUCCAGGAAACCUAUCCCAUCAAUUCCAAAUCUCAUUUACUUACUUCAAAA